AUGUCAUUAAGGCUCAGGGAAGAUAAUGUCUUACGACUCAGGUUUGUAUAUGAGGAUGGAGAUUUUGAGGAUUUGGAUAGUGGUGAAGUGAAUGUGAUUUUAGUGGAAGAAUGUGAUUUGAAUGAGAAGAAAGAGAAAUUGGACAAGUUACUGCCAAUUAAAGAUGCUGCCGCAGUAGAGAACAAUGAUGAUGGUGAUGCCGAUUCCUCAAAUGAUUCAUGUGAGGAUAGUAUAGACAUUGAAGAGGCACUUGUUCCACCUCCAGAGUUGCCUCAGUCUUCUGGGCAUAUCGGUGUUUCCCACCUCCUCUCUGUACAUAGUUUCUUACGCUCAUUUAGUGUUCCGCUGUUUCUAUACCCCUUUGGACUAGAUGAUUUUGUAGGAGCACUAAAUGCUUUGUUGGACUCCAUUCAUGUUGCUAUAUUGCCUGUUUUGAAGAGGCUCUCAUCAGAAGGUUCAGAGCUGGCAUUAAAUUUAAAAUGCAUGAGGUGGUUGGACUGGAACUUACUGGACAACUUAACUAGGCCAGUGUACUUGGUCCAUGACCUAAUGGUGAUGAAUCCUAAAAAUGGCCCUGACUGGAAGGAUUUUUAUGUCCAUUCGCUGGAGAGAGAUUAUUACACUUUAUCAGCUGGGAGGAAAUUAAUUGUUUUGCAGAUUUUGUGUGAUUUUAUUUUGGACGCUGAAGAACUGAGAGCAGAAAUGGAUAUGCGUGAAGAAUCAGAAGUAGGAAUAGACAUGGAUACGAGUACUGUGGUCAAACCACAGGUGCAUAGAAGACAUCCUAGAGCCUCUGGGUUCAAGGAUAGAGAACAAGAUGCAUAUGAGAUGAAGUCUUAUAUUGAUAGGCAUUCUAUUCAAGUAGGCGGAUCAGAAACAUCUGCUGAUGAUGAUGCUAAUGGUGAUGAAUGUCGCAUCUGUGGCAUGGAUGGUUUGCUGCUUUGCUGUGAUGGAUGCCCAUUGUCCUACCACUCAAGAUGCGUGGGACUUAACAAGAUGCAUAUGCCUGAAGGUUCAUGGUAUUGCCCUGAGUGUAAAAUAAAGGCGACUGAAACAAAAAUUUUGCAAGGAACAACCUUACGAGGAGGAUAUAAUUUUGGUGUCGAUCCAUAUGGACAAGUAUUUGUUGCUACAUGUGACCAUCUACUUGUAUUGAAGGCCUCAGUUGACUCUGAAAUUUGUCUGAGAUACUACAAUAGACGCGACAUUCCUAGGGCUAUCCACGCCCUUUGCUCAAAAGCAGAGCAUGUUGCCAUAUAUUCAGAAAUAUGCAUGGGGGUCGUGCAGUAUUGGCAACUGCCUGAGGAAAUUGUACCUCUCAAUAAGAUGACUGAAGUCGGUGUACAAUUAACAAAUGAAAUAGAAAGUGGUGUAUGUACCAAUCAUGUGGAUAAUCUGUUGGACAAUUCAAUUGUGAAGACGACUGAGGUUGAGAACACUGGAAGUUGUAUCAGCACUACUAGUGCAGCAGAUACGACUGUUUCAAGUCUUAUGAACUGUGUUCAUGAACCUGUUCAAUGUGUGAACACUUCGGAUAAGGUGGCCAAACCUGUUCAGUUGGGUAACACAGAUUAUGCUACAGAGCAAUCUGGUAUUAUUGUGAACACCAAUGGACCCACUUCUUACAGUGGCUUAAUGGGUCAGCCUACUGAUACCAAUGAUUUGAGCCAACAAAGCACUUCAAAUGUGACAGAAGUUGUUGCCCACUCAACAAGAAACCAGAGCAAUUAUUACAGUGGUCCAAGCAGCUAUGUUUCUCAAGAAGACAAAAUUUCCAAUUCGUUCCUGGAACUUAACAAUAGGGUGGACAAGCUGUUGUAUCAAAAUUCAUGUGAUGGUUGCUUGUACAUGUGGUCUUCCUUCAAAACAUCUGGUUAUAUAAAUAAUUAUUUGCAUGGAGAUUUUACUGCUUCUGCAGCUGCUAAUUUGGCCAUUCUUUCGUCUGAAGAAAAUCUUGUCCCUGAUCGAUCUUCAUAUAACCGCCGGAAAGUUAUGUCAGAAAAUGUUUUACUUCAUGUAAAAGCAUUCGCUUCUGCAUAUAUGCAAUUUUUCUGGCCAAAUUCUGAGAAGAAGCAUGUUGAGAUCCCAAGGGAGAGAUGUUCCUGGUGCUUUAAUUGUAAAGCUAAUGUGGUAAGCAAGAGAGGAUGCUUAUUAAAUGCAGCUGCUUCAAAUGCCAACAGAGGGGCUAUAAAGGUACUUGCUGGUGUUCACUCUAUGAAGAAGGAUGGGAGGCUUCCUGGUGUCGCAACAUAUAUUAUGUUUAUGGAGGAGAGCUUAGGUGGUCUACUUAUUGGUCCCUUCCGUAGUGACACUUUCAGGAAAAGAUGGCGCAAAGAAGUUGAACAAGCCACUGAUUGCUUGAACUUGAGCAGAAUGUGCACCCCAUUGCCCUUUCUGGGGAUUGGAUAAAGCUUGUUGAUAAUGGAUCAACUCAAUCUUCUACCACUCAGAUUGCAGCAAAUGACCAGGAAGGCGUGGCCGGAAACCUUCUGCUGCAGUGGAAGUUGCAACUGAUGAUUGCCAGGAUACAUCAACUGAUUUCACCUGGUGGAGAGGAGGUACACUGUCAAAGCAAAGAUGUGUUCUGCCUUCGUCAAUGGUUAGAAAAGCAGCCCGUCAAGAUAUGAAACUCCAAAAAUUAUCAGACAGCUUAUAUGGAGGUCAGCAGUUGAAAUGAGUAGGAACAUGGCACAAUUAGCUCUCCAGGUGCAUCUGAACACAUACAACCCACACUCUCUAUGAGCAGUAUAUUCAGGCAAUAAUUUCUUACGAAGAAUUUGAGCAUAGAGAGAAUGCCAAAAACGAAGCUCAAGUGGAAAAUGCGCAUUUUUGUCCCACAAAAAUAGAAUGGUGGUGGGAAUAUGAAAAUAUCCUACAUUCGUCAAUUCUAUUUCAAAAUUGAUAAUAAUGUGAUAAGAUGCAGUCUCCUAAUAUCGUACUAGUAAAGAAAGUUGUUGUGGAGUCGAAAACCAGAUAGAAAUGGAAGUGCACUUCAACUCCGAAUGAGAUUAGGGCGGAGCUGUCGCACAUUCAAAUCAACGAAUUUCGUCUUCAAAAUCCGAUCGAAGAGGAUUAGGUCUGAGCUUCAUAAUCCAUUCGAUCUUUUACAUCUAUUUAUUCUGGGGUUUAUUGAUUGAAAUCAGUUUUUGGUCAGUUAUUAUUUGGAUGGUUUCUACUAUUUGUAAUGUAGUUUAGUAGUAUAAUUUUUAGUCUUGAAAAAAUAAUUGGAAUACAGAAAUUAUACUAAAAUCCAAAUAUAUAUGGAUAAUAGGCAUUCUCUUGCA